CAGUAAUAAAUACCAAAUCUCUUCGCAUGUAGGCAACAGCAGAUGUGCCGGCUGCACGCUAGAAGAAGUAGAACUGGAAGUAGAACUCGGCAGACAGAAAAUGACCGCCGUUGUCUUGAUUACAAUAUUAUGCCUGCUAUCUGGGUCUAUAAAUGCACACUACAACGACGACGGCGGGCACUUGCAAGGUCGCCUGCUUCGCGUUGACGACGACCCAGUCGCUGCACCCACAAACUUUAAGAGUCGAUGCGUGGGAAAAUGCACACAGUAUGGCACAUGCAACGAGGAUAUCGCGAGAUGUGACUGUCCCAAGAAUCGGACCGGGGACGACUGCGUGGACAUAGCGGACACGGACACCCUCACCAGCCGCUGCCGGCGCAACUACUACCCCUCGGUGAAGGAGUGCACCACGUCGGAGCUCAGCUGCCUGAACAACUGCAACAAGCGGGGGACGUGCGUCUCUGGCUGGUGCCACUGCAAGCCAGGCUUCUUCGGAGCUGAUUGCUCGCUGUCACUGGACGCGGAGGGCAAGCCGGAGCUGCUGGCGGGCACGGGAUACGCCACACGCGCCAAGCGGCCCUGGGUGUAUGUGUACGAGUUGCCCCCCGACCUGACUACGUGGACCAACACAAAGCGCUUGGACCGGUCGACCCACAUCCACUUUUACCAACGGCUGUUGGGCAGUGGCGCCAGGAUAGCGGAUGGAGACAAGGCGGACUGGUACUACAUCCCCAUCCGCCAGCGCAUGACGGCGGACUCGCGCUUCCUGAGUGAGGCGGUCGCUUACAUCAGCGCCACCUACCCCUGGUGGAACCGCACAGGCGGCUCGCGCCACUUUGUCAUUCACACAGGUGACCUGGGCGCGGAUGAGACGCAGCUGGGGGCCCGGCUGCAGGCGCCCAACAUCACGUGGCUCACACACUGGGGCCUGACAAUGGACAAAGUGUUCUCCGGCUGGAAGAAGGCACACCGGCCAGACAAGGACGUGGUCAUCCCGGUGUUCCUGACGCCCGGCCACUUCAAGCACUUUGGUCUGGAGCGCACGCCGCUGCACCCGCUCAUGGACAAGCAGGAGCGCACCACCACAUUCUUCUUCGCGGGUCGCAUCUGUGGCGACCGGAAGCCGCCCAAGACUGGCUCCUGGCCCAACUGCGGCCCGCGCAGCCCCGGCUACAGCGCGGGCGUGAGGCAGCUGGUCCACCACCACCACUGGGACCGCCCGGGCUUCAAGGUGGUGCUGCAUGAGCCCAACUACGGCGCCGCGCUGGGCUCGUCCAAGUUCUGUCUGGCGCCGCUGGGCGGAGGGCACGGCCAGCGCCAGAUCAUCGUGUCGUUCAUGGGCUGCCUGCCGGUGUGCAUCGCGGACGACGUGUACGAGCCGUUUGAGCCGCAGUACAACUGGACCCAGUUCGGCGUGCGGCCGGCGGAGUCCGACAUCCCGGAGCUGCACACCAUACUGGAGUCCGUCUCCGCCAAGGAGUACGCGGCGAAGCAGCGCGCGCUGCGCUGUGCCGCGCAACACUUUGUGUACAGCAGCAUUGUGGGCGGCUUGUUUGGCGAGGACGGCCGAUAUGACGCCUUCGAGACCACACUGGAGGUCCUGAGGGUCAAGGCGGAGCACCCGGACGCGGCCCCGGAGACCUACCGGCAGAUUGACGAGGACUUUGACGCGUUCAUGGACUGCCGCGACCCGCCCAGGUGGAAGGCGGCAGCGCCCGCGCCACACCUGUGGGGGCUGGAGGACGAGGAGGAAGAUGGGGAAGGGGAGGGCGAGGGCGAAGAGGUGGAGAAGGGGAGUGGUGCACAUCGUGUACAGAAUGGGGCCGAGUGGGCCGUCGCGAAGGAGCAGAUGACAAUGCCAGGGAGGAGACCGGCACCGCUGCUGCUGGUCGCACUGGUUUGGGCCCUGGGCUGCCAGCUGCGGGUGAAUGCUUUCUUCUUCCGUAGCAAGCCAGCACCCAAGCAGCACCCGGAGCAUCCUGCCCCGGCGCUCGCUAGGGCACCGGCCCCGGCGGCCGCUGUCGGCGUGCCCUUCACGCCCGGCGUGAGCAGGUGCCCGGCCAACUGCAGUCGUUUCGGCAGCUGCAAUGAGGAGACUGGGAGCUGCGACUGCUUGCGCAACCGCAUGGGUCCCGACUGCGGCCGCAAGCUGAUGCGGCCGGGCAUGCUGCAGCGCUGUCAGGACAUGGGCUACAAGGAUGUCAAGGAAUGCCUGGCCAAGGACCAGCUUUGUGUGAACGCAUGCAACAACCGCUGCCGGCGCAACUACUACCCCUCGGUGAAGGAGUGCACCACGUCGGAGCUCAGCUGCCUGAACAACUGCAACAAGCGGGGGACGUGCGUCUCUGGCUGGUGCCACUGCAAGCCAGGCUUCUUCGGAGCUGAUUGCUCGCUGUCACUGGACGCGGAGGGCAAGCCGGAGCUGCUGGCGGGCACGGGAUACGCCACACGCGCCAAGCGGCCCUGGGUGUAUGUGUACGAGUUGCCCCCCGACCUGACUACGUGGACCAACACAAAGCGCUUGGACCGGUCGACCCACAUCCACUUUUACCAACGGCUGUUGGGCAGUGGCGCCAGGAUAGCGGAUGGAGACAAGGCGGACUGGUACUACAUCCCCAUCCGCCAGCGCAUGACGGCGGACUCGCGCUUCCUGAGUGAGGCGGUCGCUUACAUCAGCGCCACCUACCCCUGGUGGAACCGCACAGGCGGCUCGCGCCACUUUGUCAUUCACACAGGUGACCUGGGCGCGGAUGAGACGCAGCUGGGGGCCCGGCUGCAGGCGCCCAACAUCACGUGGCUCACACACUGGGGCCUGACAAUGGACAAAGUGUUCUCCGGCUGGAAGAAGGCACACCGGCCAGACAAGGACGUGGUCAUCCCGGUGUUCCUGACGCCCGGCCACUUCAAGCACUUUGGUCUGGAGCGCACGCCGCUGCACCCGCUCAUGGACAAGCAGGAGCGCACCACCACAUUCUUCUUCGCGGGUGACCUGGGCGCGGAUGAGACGCAGCUGGGGGCCCGGCUGCAGGCGCCCAACAUCACGUGGCUCACACACUGGGGCCUGACAAUGGACAAAGUGUUCUCCGGCUGGAAGAAGGCACACCGGCCAGACAAGGACGUGGUCAUCCCGGUGUUCCUGACGCCCGGCCACUUCAAGCACUUUGGUCUGGAGCGCACGCCGCUGCACCCGUUCAUGGACAAGCAGGAGCGCACCACCACAUUCUUCUUCGCGGGUCGCAUCUGUGGCGACCGGAAGCCGCCCAAGACUGGCUCCUGGCCCAAUUGCGGCCCGCGCAGCCCCGGCUACAGCGCGGGCGUGAGGCAGCUGGUCCACCACCACCACUGGGACCCCCCGGGCUUCAAGGUGGUGCUGCAUGAGCCCAACUACGGCGCCGCGCUGGGCUCGUCCAAGUUCUGUCUGGCGCCGCUGGGCGGAGGGCACGGCCAGCGCCAGAUCAUCGUGUCGUUCAUGGGCUGCCUGCCGGUGUGCAUCGCGGACGACGUGUACGAGCCGUUUGAGCCGCAGUACAACUGGACCCAGUUCGGCGUGCGGCCGGCGGAGUCCGACAUCCCGGAGCUGCACACCAUACUGGAGUCCGUCUCCGCCAAGGAGUACGCGGCGAAGCAGCGCGCGCUGCGCUGUGCCGCGCAACACUUUGUGUACAGCAGCAUUGUGGGCGGCUUGUUUGGCGAGGACGGCCGAUAUGACGCCUUCGAGACCACACUGGAGGUCCUGAGGGUCAAGGCGGAGCACCCGGACGCGGCCCCGGAGACCUACCGGCAGAUUGACGAGGACUUUGACGCGUUCAUGGACUGCCGCGACCCGCCCAGGUGGAAGGCGGCAGCGCCCGCGCCACACCUGUGGGGGCUGGAGGACGAGGAGGAAGAUGGGGAAGGGGAGGGCGAGGGCGAAGAGGUGGAGAAGGGGAGUGGGCGAGCCAAUGGGAGCGAAGUAAAGCCUGGGAGAGGGAGAGGAAAGGAGGGCGGUGGGAAGGCGGGGCGGAAGGGCGGGUGGCUAGGGAAGGUGUUGGGGCGGAGCUUGUUAGGUGGUGAUGAGGGGGCGAAAGUCGACAGCGCAGGCGAGCAGGGCGGGGGCUGGGUGAACCCAUUGUGUAGUCAUAGCAUGAUGGACCGCAAAUGGAAUCCGUGCGAGCGUUUUGUGCAGGGCGCAUCGAAGACGCACAUGAUCCCAGGUGGCAUCAUGUGCGCAAAAACUAGGCACAACCUGGCUGAGUGCCCGCGCAUCUGGCUGUAGCUUCUCCCGAAUUAACUGCAGUACGGUGGGCGAAUCGACGGGCUGACAGGCAGUACCAGGACUGUGAUGUAUCGGCAAGGGCGGAUAAAGCUUUGGUCUUGUAACGUGUAAGCGCCCAUGAAC